UAUGCGGCCACGUCACAUUGCUUCUCUCCGUUUGUAUUUCUCUUUUGUGCUGACAUUCUAGGUAGAAGCUAGAGGAGGCAUCGAAUCAUAGGAGUUAAGCUCGUUGGCAAAAUAAAAAAGUUUUAUCAACUAGAAAACUUACAUAUUAAAUUUGCAAACUAAAUACAAGGAAACGAACACGGAUACAGUUCACAUUAUCAAAUACAGAAAUAUAAAUUAAAAUGAAUAUAUUUCGAUUUGCUGGCGAUUUGUCGCAUGUAUUUGCCAUCAUAAUAUUGCUUUUGAAGAUAUGGAAGACCAGAUCGUGUGCCGGCAUAUCCGGCAAGUCACAGAUAUUAUUUGCCGCGGUUUACUUGACACGGUAUUUGGACCUUUUUACCACGUAUGUGAGUCUCUACAAUUCGGUUAUGAAGGUGUUGUUUUUGGCUGCUUCUGGUGCCACAGUUUAUUUGAUGUACGUAAAGUUCAAGGCCACCUACGACCAUAACCAUGACUCCUUCCGUAUUGAGUUCCUGCUUAUACCAUGUGCUCUUCUAUCCCUGGUCAUUAACCACGAGUUUACUGUAAUGGAAGUGCUUUGGACAUUCUCGAUCUACUUGGAGUCCGUUGCAAUUCUACCGCAGCUGUUUUUAGUAAGCAAGACGGGCGAGGCUGAAUCCAUAACUAGCCAUUAUCUGUUUGCUUUGGGAUCUUAUCGUGCACUAUAUCUAUUGAACUGGGUAUACCGCUACAUGGUGGAGUCUCAUUAUGAUUUAAUCGCAAUUUUCGCUGGCAUCGUACAGACUAUUCUGUACUGCGAUUUCUUCUACUUAUACAUUACCAAAGUGCUCAAGGGCAAAAAACUGCAGCUACCGGCAUAAGCUGCUCGUUUAUAAUUCCAUAAGCAUGCCGGCGUCGUCAGUUUUACUUCAGAUGCAAUGCAAUGUUGAAUGGCGGUAAAUUAAUAUAAUAUCAGAAAAGCUUGUAGUGGAGCGUGGACUGCUUUUCACUGCGUCAUUAUUUUUAGUUUGUAAUUACAUAAAGCAAAAAAUUUAUUGAAAAUCAGUCGUGACACCAACCUUUAUGCAACAUACACAAAAACUCAAUAAUUAUACAUGCAUACGAAAAUGUA